ACGAAGCAUUACUAUAUGCAGAACGCCAUUGAAUAAACCUGGCAUGAUAUGAUAAGUCUAAUUAUGCCCGACCAAUUUGGUGGUUGCAGUUCAUCAGAUAUUAUGUCAUCACCUUAGGCACCUGUUUGUUGUACAAACGCCACCGCGACUCUACAAACGAGGAUCCCUCUAUCGCUGAUAUCCAUACCUUUAUUCUAUGCCAACUUGACAAUACAAACGCCCGUAAACAUGCCCACCAGAAGCGGGGCACCCUGCCUUGGGCACCCGCGACUCCCUACGCCAUCCUCCAAUGAGUUCCUCGAGGAGCAAGCCAACGCGAACACCUUGAGUACAUCCUCAACGAAGAGAAAGCGAACCGCAGCCAGCGAGAAUAAAGUAUUCAUAGCACCCGUCAAGACUCCACGGAAGAAAGCGAAUACUACCAAGCGCGCGCCAGCCAAAACUGUUGAUCCAACAGACGAGGCGCUCGAUCCCAAGCCUGAACCCAAACCUAAGAAGCCCAGGACCAAAAAGCCAGAGCAGGAGAAACGGCUUAAAAUGUUCCGCAAGCAUGCGCCACAAACGUAUUUGGAGAAAUUGGCGCGGGCGACAUCUCAGAGAAUGUUCGUUGUAAGCUCCUUGGUCAAUUGGACGGACGAGUAUCCUAUCAUGGAAUUUGGAAUGGCCGGUACCACCGGGAACCUUUACACUAUAACUAUAGGGAAGGUGCCGAGUUGCAGCUGCCCGGAUAAUCAGAAAGGAAACCACUGCAAGCAUAUUUGCUACGUCCUAAACAAAGCACUCAAAGCCCCCGCACACCUCCAAUACCAACUCGCAUUCUUAUCGACGGAACUCAUUGAAAUCUACAAUGGAUCCUCCCUCAGCCGCGAAACCAAACCCGAAGAAAACACCACCGGCAAGCGCAAGCCCAUCGAAGGCGACUGUCCCGUCUGCUUCAUGGAGUUCGAACCCGACAAGGAAGAUAUCGUCUGGUGUCGGGGGUCGUGCGGGAAUAAUAUUCAUAAAGUCUGUUUUGAUAAAUGGGCUGCUACGCAGCGGGAGCAUGGGGUUCGCUGUGUUUACUGUCGCGCCCAAUGGGAAUUCGAAACCGAGAGCCUCAACAUGGACGAACUCAAGAAAACCGGAAGAGUCAAUGACGAGGGCUAUGUCAACGUCGCAGACCAACUGGGUCUUUCUGGUGAACGUGACUCUUCAACAUACUAUCAGCCUUGGGGUUACCGGGGAUCGUACUAUUAUGGGCAGCGCAGAUAUAGAUACUAGGGCUUUGGGAUUCGGUGCUGGAUGG